GGGUUUUCCCCCCGCCCGGUAGUAGCUCAGAGCUCUGCGAGUCCCUCUUUUUUUUUUUUUUCUUGUUGUGUUUCUGUUACUCAUCGCCAUCUUGUUGCAGCCCUCUCCUUGUCUGGCAGGGCUCGCUGGGGGAUCGGGGUGACAGUAGCUGGCUCUGUAUGAUCUAGUGACCGGUCUCCCAGCGGAGGAGGCUGCAGACAGCCGGCAGUGGCCCCAGUGUGUGACUGAUCGCAGGCAGAGACACCGCGGCGGAGCUGGAGACAUGAGCCUGGAGACCCUGUUACAGGCAGCCCUGUUCCUGGAAUGGCAAGCCCAGCAGCAGCAGCGGAGCCGGGAGGAAAAUGAUAAGAUUUUGCUGGAGCAGGAAGAAGAGGAAGAAGAAGAUGACGAAGAAGAGGAGGAGGAGCAAGAGAAGCAAAGCAUUACUCGAACAGAAGAAGUGGUAAACCACGCCCCACCUGAUGCUGCAUCUCCACCAGCGCCUGCACCUCCUCCACCUCCACCCCCUCCCUUACCAACUCCAGUGGCUGUCAUCCCCCUCCCUGUGGUCACCAGCACUCCUCAACCCAUAGUCCAAACAUCUUUGUCACCUCCUGUUGUUCAGCAUCAACCACCUAUUGUUAACCCACCUGUUAUAAACAAAGAUGUAUCCUUGGCUCCUGUCAUCCAGCGACCAGCAGGCCCAGGACUCCCAGAGAUCAAGGCUACACCUCUUGGUGUUGGAAGUCCCAAGCCACUGCACCAUUACUCUACCCCUGUGCUGGCAAUAACACACCACCACCUCAUGCAGCAGCAACAACAACAGCAGCAGCCUAUACAGCCUCAACCAUCAGCCCUACAGCACCCGCAACAGCAGCCUCCGCAUCAGCCUCUGGGUGCCCUCAGACUGUCUGCAACAGAUGAUGGAAGGCCUAAUGAACAGAGGAGGCGUCCUGGAGGGGCUGGCACUCGGGAAGUCCAUAAUAAACUGGAGAAAAACAGACGCGCACACCUCAAGGAAUGCUUUGAGACACUAAAGAGGAACAUCCCAAACGUAGAUGACAAGAAGACCUCCAACCUUAGCGUGUUAAGAAGUGCUCUGAGAUACAUACAGAGUCUGAAAAGGAAAGAAAAAGAAUAUGAGCACGAGAUGGAACGUCUGGCCAGGGAGAAAAUAGCCACACAGCAGCGGCUGGCUGACUUGAAGAAUGAACUCAGCCAGUGGAUGGAUAUCUUGGAGAUUGACCGAAUUGUGCGUCAAACUGUUCAACCAGAGGAUGACCAGGCCUCUACCUCCACAGCUUCAGAGGGUGAAGACAACAUAGAUGAGGACAUGGAUGAUGACAGACCUGUAAAUCCAUUACCGAAACGGCAGCAGCCGGAGCUCCUGAAGAUGGUACCGUCCAACGCAGCUUCCCUGAAUCACCAUUCCACUGUUUUGCCUCCGCACAUCUCCAUUCAACAGAAACAAGUCCCCGCUCCCCACGUACAGCCUCUCUCCAACCAAGCACUGGUCCCACCUCAGGCCAUGGUGCCAGCACAGACUCAUAUUGUGGCUGCUUCCACGGUGCAGUCAACAGUGAUAGCCCAUACGGCCACCACUCAUGCGUCCGUCAUCCAGACUUUAAAUCAUGUCAUCCCAGGGCCUCAGACCAAGCACAUUGCUCAUAUUGCACCUUCCACGUCAAGCCCUGUUCAACUAACCACUGCUGCUCAGCCAAUUGGCCACAUCACUGUGCACCCAGCUGCCAUUAAUCAUAUGACCCAUCUCGGCCAGCAGUUACCCAUUUACCCCCAGUCUGUUGCAGUAAGUCAGCCCAUGAUGAGCCACAUUGCUCACACCAUUUCCCACCCACAAGUAAAUGGAACCACAAACCUGGGCCAGCCUGCCGUCAUGGCAAAGCCAACCGUAGGAGCCCAGGUGGUUCAUCAUUCCCAAUUAGUUGGUCAAACAGUCCUGAACCCGGUGACUAUGGUAACAAUGCCAUCGUUCCCUGUCAGCACUUUGAAGUUAGCUUAAACACUCAACUACUAAAAAACAAAUUAAAAAAAUUAAGAAUGAAUUAAAUAAAUUAAGUUAUCCACCGGACAGCUGAAACUACAUACAUUCCUUUCAAGUCAUGUUCCAUGGACGAGCUACGCAGACCCUUCUUAACAAGAUCCGCAUUGUGAUUGGCUUUGGAACAGGCAUCCGUCUUCAUUGUAUAGGCCUGUCUAUUGAAACUCUCAAAGGGCCCUGGAAUUUUACCAUUCUCAUUGUCUACGUGGCAGCCACUCAUAGCGACUUUUUCAUUUUGUUUCCCUUAUACCAGUAAUCAAUGAAUACAAAAUAGGACUUUUAAUUCCUAAAUGCUACUCCAUUGACAUUUUUAUUUUUAUUCAGUUUUCUGUUUUGUUUUGUCUUUUUAAAUGUGUAUCUUUGUAACAUACAAAUCAAUGUUCUCUUUCUAAUAUAAGAAAUUAAGUUGGCAAAGUGACCAUGAUGUCGGUUUAUACCUCCAUUGAGGUGACAACUGCAGAAUGUACGCACUAACAAAAGAAAACCAAUCCCCACUUUCCUUUUUUAACCGCAUAGGCAAAGAUGUAACAACGCUCGGCAAGGUAAUCUCUCUGCCACUGCUGAGGUGACACGCGGACAUGCACUAUUACAGCAGCGGGGAGACCCAGGACAUUUAUGUAUAACUGUUCUAUAGGUAACUGCAGCUGGUGUUGCCCAUAGCAACCAGACAUGAUGUCCAUUUUAUAAGCUGUAAUACAAGUCCGAAUCUGGUUUCUAUGAGCAAUACCUCACUUUAUACUUUUUUUUAUUUAUUUUUUUUAAAUGCCCCCACCCCAUGAUUUGGUGUUUUUAAGCACUGGUUACUUACAUUUUUAAUAUAUUGGUGCCUUAGUUCUAUUACAUAAUAUCCUAAAGACCUGACUAUAUGGCCCCGCUGAUAAUUACAUGUUCCCAAGAUUGCCUUUCUUUGAUAUGUGAUUUAAUAACAAACUUAUCCGCAGCAAGAA